AUUGUGAAACAGAUGAUCUUUAAAUCGUUGCCAGAAACUUCUGUGUGCACAACUAUCGCAGCUAAUCUCUUAUAGCGCCAUCUAUAUAGUUUUACUCCACCUGUUGUCCAUAUAUAAUGGAUCUUUUUUUGUCAAAGCAAAUGUACAUUAUAUAUCAUCAAAAUUCAGUCCCUAAAGCAAGGACACAAUACGACUCUUUUACAGGGUGAAGAGCAAAAUAGAGGGCAGCACUCUGGGGAAGCAUCAGGGCGGGCCGCAGGGUCUGGGGUCUCAGGGAACACGUGUGAAAUUUCCUAGUUUUCGAUGGGGAGUGGGAAGUGCCAGUUCUGUUCCGCGAGAGUGCUGAGCGGAAGCAGCCGCUCCGAUCACCGUGUUCACUAAACCUUGCGUAACUUUCUCCUAAAUAUAAUCUGGGCUUCGUGUGCUAACCGUACACGAGGGGAGAGCGCUGCACAGCCUGGAACGUAAGGACCACAGUCGAGAUGGAUUUUGACGACUACGAGAGUUUGCCGACUGGCAGUGUUGGGAUUCAUAUGACUGCCGGAGCUGUGGCUGGAAUCAUGGAGCAUUGCGUAAUGUUCCCAGUUGAUUCUGUGAAG